AUGGAGGAAAUUCAAGAGAAUCAUGAUAAAACUAAUACUAACAUUUAGCUUGAAUAAUUGAUUUUUUAAUAGAAGAGAGAAAAACUUAAGUUAUUAAACAAAAUAAAGUUAAUUGGAAAAAUAGUAGAGGUACAAUAUUUAUAUAAUAAUAAGAAUGUUAAAUUCUUAGGUAGAAUAAUAUAGAAGAGAAACUGA